UUUAUAUUAGCUUACGUUAUUCUCUGUUAUGGGUCAGACAACCGCAUUGAAUGUCUAGUAGUAGACAAUGUCCGUAAGAUUUAAAAGCCGCCUUGGGGUUUGGAUCACUAGAGGGCGUGACUUCCUUGAUACUCUCGACUUUUCACAGGCUUGCCGCCAGUGUUUUCACAAAACUUGCAGCGCCUAACUUUUACCGCGGAGUUGAUGGUGCCGAAGUCAGCAUUAAGAGUUUUUAAUUAUCAGUUCUGUUUUGUUUUCCACCGUGCCUUGCUGCUGUACGUUUUCGUCUGAGAUCCACAGGAAAAAGGACGAAGGAGCGCAGACUGUUUGCAUGAUUUCGGGAUGGAGUGGCGUGAACAGUCCACGGUCAGCUGCGAGGACGCCUUCUUGGAAGCCCAAAGAUGGGUUGAGGAGGUGACCAAGAAGCGCUUCGGCAGCAGCAGCUUCCGAUCGGCGCUGGAGAACGGAGUCCUGCUGUGCGAUCUGAUCAACAGGCUGAAGCCCGGGAUUGUGAAGAGGGUGAACAGGUUGUCCACUCCUAUUGCCGGCUUGGACAACGUGAACGUCUUCCUCAGGGCCUGCGGGAAGCUCGGACUGAAGGAGGCGCAGCUCUUCCACCCCGGGGACCUGCAAGACCUGUCCUCCCGCGUCACCGUCAGACCAGAAGAAACUAACAGGAGGCUGAAGAAUGUUUUAAUAACCAUCUACUGGCUCGGCAGAAAGGCACAGGCUGACCCCAUCUAUAAUGGACCUUACCUAAAGCUGAAAGCAUUCGAAGGGUUACUUGGUCUAGCGCUCUCUAAGGCUCUCGAGGAUCCGGCCAACCCCAGGGUGAACGUGAGGGACAGCGGGUUCAGUGACAGCUGGUACACAGAGAAAGAGGAGCCAUUUCCCCCGCAGCCCAGCCACAGGAGAGAGGACUCUCUGGACAGCUUGGACUCCGUGGAGUCAAGGACACUGAGCAUCUCUUUAGACACAACUCUAAAAGGCAGCAGUGAAGGCUGUGGCAGCGACGCUGAGGCAGACCUGGGCUACAGAAUGACGGAGAGCAAGGACGGGCUGCAGUACCGGCGCUCGCUGGUCGUCGAGCCCAAAGCCGCCGCGCAGUUUAACCAGUUCCUGCCCACCAAGGACAAGGCGUCCGGCUACGUGCCCGCCCCCCUGCGCAAGAAGCGCGUGGAGCGUCAGGAGGACAACCGCCGCAGCUGGGCCAGCCCGCUGUUCACCGAGGAGGACGGCACCUUCGCCAGACGGUUCCAGAAGCGUUCUGGUUGUGACGGGAGCAAGUCCAUGAAUGACAUCACCGUGGAUCCAGAGGUGCUCCGGCAGGUGCGCUACGAGGAGCUGGCCAAGAUUCGCGCUCAGGUCAAAGAGAACGAGGACCAGUGGCAGAAUGACCUGAGCGAGUGGAAGAACCGGAGGAAGAGUGUGAACUCGAGCAUCGUGAAGAAGAAGGAGGAGCGGGAGCAGAUCGAGCAGAUCACCGGCGGGGGGGAUGGGGGCGGGGGGAGCACCCGCCGCCCCAAAACCUUCAGGGAGAUGCAGGAGGAGAGAGAGAGCCGAGGACAGGCCUCUCCCAGCCUCGGCCGCAGACUGCAGUCCGCCAGCGAGGACGUCCCGUCCGGGCCCGCCCCCCAGCCGCACGUCCCAAAGCUCUCGGGGCGUAGCUACACCGUGGACAGCCUGUACUCGUCCCGGAACAGGGCCGCCUCUCCUCUGUCGCCCCCUGUGGAGGAGGACAGGGAGCACGCCCAGGACCCGGAGCUGGACCCCACCCCGGUCCUGAAGCCCACGUCUCUGUACCCCGCCAAAACCGCCGCUCUCCGGGCCAGCCCGACCAGCGCCGCGGGGGCAGAACAGCCCGACGGCGUUCUCAAGACCCAGGCCGCCGCCCCCAAAACCUGGUCCGCCCCCGCCCCCAUAUCCUGGUCCGCCCCCUCCCCUGCCCCUGCUCCCUCCCCUACCCUCACCACCACCUCCGCCAAGCUCCCCAGCUCCCCCGCCGUGAGCAGGUCUGGGGCAAGCUCACCCGCCGCCGCCGCCGCCAAGCCCGCCGAGCCCAGGUUCCCCUUCAGCCGGCCGGCGGCGGAGGAGCAGGGUUCUGGCGCCCUCUACAGGCGCAGCGGCGUGGGCGUGGCUCUGGCUCCGGCAGUCUCCGCCUCCCUCCCCCGGAGCUACCAGAGGCCCGACAGCUCGCGCCUCACCUCCGUGGUCACGCCCCGCCCCUUCGGCACCCAGGCCACGCGCAUCGCCUCCCUGCCCCGGACCUUCGCGCAGACGGACGGCUCGCAGAAACGCGUCAACGGAGGGACGGCAGGGUCGAGCCGCUACCGCGCGUUCAUGACCGAGGACGAGGUGCGCGCCCAGGCCAGCUCCGCCCACAGCAGCGAGGAAGAGGAGGAGGAGGACGAGGAGGAGGAGGAGGAGGGGGAGGAAGAGGAAGAGGAAGAGCAGCAGCAGGAAGGCGCGACACCAGCACCACUGUCCAGCACUGACGGCCCAAAGCCCAAACCUGAGUCUGUCCUCAGCAGUGCCCCUAAGAGCGAGGACACCCAGGAAGUCUACUGCGACAUGAGGAUCAACCUGAACCAGAAGCCCAACAGCGGCCGCGACUUCGGCUUCCAGACCAACUGGGACUCCACUGGGGCUUUCAUCAAGUCCAUCCAGGAAGGUAGCGCCGCGGAGCUGUGCCAGCUGCGGGCGGGGGACGAGGUGCUGGCGCUGAGCGGGCUCCAGGUGUCGGAGCUGAGCUACGAUCAGUGGAAGGCCAGCCUGGAGGCCGCUCUGCAGAAGGGCUGCCUGGUGAUGGACAUCCGCCGGCACGGCAGGAACACGUGGGAGAGAGACCCGCCUUCCCUACCCUAUAAGAGCCAUAAGACCAUCAAUCUGACCACUAUGGAUCCGACGCUUGUAGGUUCGCCCGACAAGUUCAUCAACACCUGCCGAGAGCGCGCUCCCCAGCCUGCCGCGGAAAUCGCCACGAGAGCACCGGAGUCCAGCCGCCCGCCCGUCACCGACGUGGCCUCUAAAGGUAUGAAUGGCGGUUUCCGUGACGACCCCGUAACCAUGAGGAACAAAGACUCUGAGCCCAUUUCUUUGAAAAACUUUAAAAGGAGAUCAGAGUUUUUUGAGCAGCAAGGCGGCGCUGAAUCUGCCAUAUCAGAUUUACAGGUGCCCCCUGUCAGCUCCUCCUCAAACCGCUGGUCCUGGGACCUGGACGAGGAGCGGAGGCGACAGGAGAAGUGGCAGAAGGAGCAGGAGCGCCUCCUACAGGAGAAGUACCAGCGUGACCAGGAGAAGCUGGAGGAGGAGUGGCGCCGGGCACAGCAGGAGGCCGUUGAGUCUGCCGCUGGGAAGCUGGAGGUGGACCGGGGCGCCACAGAGGCAGAAACCAGGAGCCUCAGUCCUUACUCACCCCUGUCCCCUCUGAGCCAGGCCACGCCCCCUCCCGCUGACGAAGAGGAGGAGGAGAGGGAAAGGCAGGAGGUGGAGCAACAGCUCCAGCGUGAGGAGGAAGAACGCUUGAGGAGGAAGGAGGAGCUGAGGCUGCAGAGGAAGAGGGAGGAAGAGGAGGCAGCAAAACGAAGGGAGGCAGAAUUGAAGGAGAGGAAGAGGCGGGAGGACGAAGAGCGACUGAGGAGGGCAGAGGAGCUGAGGCUGCAGAGGAAGAGGGAGGAAGAGGAGGAGGAGAGACGCCGCAAACUUGAGGAAGAGGAGAGGAGGAGGAGGCGCCAGAAGGCCGAGGAGGAGCUGCGCAGGGAGCAGGAGGCGCUUCAAGAGCAGUGGGCGGGGGUAGAGUCUUAUGGGUUUGCCAAAAUUCUCCCCGAGAUGUCCCGCUCAGACAGGGCUAAAUCGAAAUCUACUCCAGAUCUGGAUGAAGUUCAGAAAGAAGACGCCAGAGGUGCGAGCAGCAGGCAGGGGGGUAUGGCCCAGUGGCUGCUGGAGGAGGAGCUGCAGAGGAAGAGGAGCAGCAGGGCACAGAAGCUGCAGGCCGCGUCUGAGCUGGAGGCCGAGAGGAGAAACAUCCUCAAUGCCAUGAAAUACAGAAACCCCGAGAGAGUGGUGAACAGCGGUGCCGGCGAGGCGUCCUGGAGCCGGGACUCCGUGAGGAGGGCGGGGCAGCCGCUCAAGCCCGCGGAGAACGACCGGCAGCUGAUCCUGGAGGAGAUGAAGAAGAAGACCCUGCUCCUGACAGACAGCAGCUGGAUCCGCCAGCGCAGCGCCAGCAUGAACAAGGAGCCCGCCAGCCCCGCCUCGCCCAUCAGGAGAGGGGAGUCUCUGGAUUAUCUGGACACCGAUAACUCCUGGAGACCGCCCUCCUGGUCGGCGGCCCCCACCGCCUACAGCCGCCCGCAGUCCGCCGCGCCAGGCUCCGCCCCCUCCCGCGGGUACACGCGCCCCGCCUCCUCCACCCUCCCCGCCUCCCCCACCCCCGCGGCCGCCCCACGGCCCAGCUCCUGGGCCCUGAACCCCCCCGUCGCCCCAUACCAGGACCGCCCCCCCCUCCGACCCCGACCCCUCGUCCCUGCAGCGCAGCAGGUCGGUCAGCGGGAAGAAGAUCUGCACCUUCUGCGACACCCCCCUGGGGAAAGGAGCGGCCAUGAUCAUCGAGUCCCUGGGGCUCUGUUACCACCUGAGCUGUUUUAAAUGCAGCGACUGUAAGGCUGGCCUGGGCGGGUCAGAGACGGGAGCAGAGGUCCGAAUACGGAACCAGCAGCUCUACUGCAACUCCUGCUACAUCCGAUUCAAAACUGGAAAGCCCACCAUGUGAGCCGCGUGGUCUGCUGUGGACUGAGGAGGAAGUGAUCGGAAAACAGCCAUCUCUGCAAGCAUCUCUGCUAACAUCCCCGCGAGCAUCUCCGCUAAUAUCCCCGCAAGCAUCCCCGCGAGCAUCUCUUCAAGAACCUUUGCUAAAUGGAUACUCUGUGUAAUGGAGGUUCUGGACUUCUGCAGGUCCUGAUUGUAUUUUUCCACUGUUCAUUCGGAGGGGGUGACAUUCAAUAGGGUGACAUUUGUUUAUAAGAGAAUAUUUGCAAUUUUUUCUGUACAGAAUUUAAGGGAUGUGCCUUUAUGCCUGUCUGCUAUGGAUGUUUUUAUUAGAAGUGAUAUACACAAAUAUAUAUAUUUUUCUUGUUGAGAAAUAUUUCUGGGGACUUCCAGCUGGUAUGACAGAUUUCAGAGUAGCACUGUUAAAUUGUUCAUAUUAAAGUAUUUGAAAGAUAUUUUAUCAUUUCCUCUUCCCGCUAGGACUUUUUCUCUGAAUCUUUUUUCCCGAUGUAGCUUGUUUGUCUUCUAAUAUAUUUCUUUGUUAUAGUUUAACUGAAAAAAUGUGCCUUGUGUGAUGGUGAAAGAUGAUUAUGAUAAUAUACGUUAAAAUACAUAUUUAACGCUUACAUGAAUGGUUAGAAAGCACUUAUUCCUUUUUCAUUGAGGGUAAUUCAUUUGAUGCAUUUUGGGAGCAAAAAGUUGUUGUUUUUUUGCGAUGGAAAUGUUUAUGCCAUGGAAAAAGAAGGCAACAUCAGGUAUGGAACGGGCUUUGUUUGUUCGUGUUUUUGUAAAUAAAAAUGACCAAAUCUGCA